UGCACCAUGCAACCAGAGCACUUUGUACAAAGGUUAGUAGAAUAGAACAGAGAGGGAGUUGCAUAAGCAGUGCUGUGUUCCUCUGCAGCACCACAAACUCCACAGAGACAGCUCCAACCAUGACUGCAGACAGCAUCGACGAUAUACUGCCCCAGAAUUUUGCCUAUGUCAUCUUUACCUUCGUCUACAGCUAUGUCUUAAUUAUGUAUCUUGGUAUAAAUGUGGGGAAAGCAAGGAAGAAGUAUGGAGUCAAGUAUCCCCAGAUGUAUUCCGACAAAGAGAAUGUUUUUAACUGUAUUCAGAGAGCCCAUCAGAAUACACUGGAAGCGUAUCCCACCUGGCUGAUCUUUCAGCUCAUUUCAGGUCUUGCAUUUCCGCUUGCGUCUUCUGUUCUGGGAGCAAUCUGGGUGACCAGCCGGUUCUCUUAUGCUCAUGGAUAUUACACAGGCGAUCCAGAAAAGAGAAUGAAAGGUGCUUACGGAUACAUCGGUCUGCUUGGUGUUUUAAUUUUGUCUGUUGUAGCAGGCCUUCAACUUCUUGACAUUGUUUGAUCACAAACAUGUUGAAGAAUUACUUCUGAAAUUGAAUUACUUCA